AUGAUUUCUUUCUCCCUAACACGCGCUCCCCGAAGUCAGAGGCGGCGAGACCGGUCGCCCUUCUCCUCAACAUACACUCGAACGACACGAUCACCCGAGAAUUCGCGCAACCCGACUCGGCGCGGUUGGAGGCGGUCUCCCGAAACUGACCGUGACCUUUUCUCCCGGGGGUAUCACCAUGAGGACACGGAGGAUCACGGAGACGACUCUGAAGAUGAGGAAGAUGAAGAAGAUGAAGAGGAGCAACCCACUGAAAAUGCGGAAGGCGUCGUGGACGAAGACGAAGAUGAAGACGGGCCUGACGACUCGGCCCCCCUCCUUCCCAUAUUCUCUGCUGCCCGUCUCGAUGCCAUCCCCGUCUUCGCCCUCACACACGCCGUUCGUUUGCUGGUGAGCUCUCGAUGUGACACGGUCUUGACCUGGGAGCAACUUCGAGCUCCCCAGGUUUCGCAGUUCCUGGUCAAGCCCAUCGAACAAGAAAUCCGGAGCCAUCAUCUGAAUGCUGCCACACAAUAUGCUCUCAUGGCAAACUGUCUUCAGUAUAGCAAAGAGGCCGCAAUGUCUUCGGGCAAUAGUGGAACAAACCAGACCCGUGCAAUGGUCUGUGAGCUGGUUGCCAUUAAACUGCUGAAGGACUUUUCGACUAGAGAGCUUAUUGACGCAUUGUCCUAUGACUUUGAUCCUCUCCAAGGUCAAUUGGAUGCAGCGCCUCAUACAGAGAACGACCGGCGAAACACAGCGAACUCCAAAAAGCCGGCUCAACGGCCAGCAAGGAUCUCGUGCUUCGAGAUUGCCAUCCGCGCCCAGGCUAAAAAGUUUCUCUCCCAUCCCAUGGUAGUGAAGCAGCUCGAGGCGAUCUGGGCCGGUACAAUUGUGUUCCACUCUGCGGCCGACAGUCUGCAUAGACCGUUGCCUACAGCGAGUCGACCGAGAAGUUACGGUACAAAUGAUGGUGGGUUGCCUACGAAGCCCGCACCCGUCAACAACGAUCCUCGCAUACCGAGGAGAGCCGUCACGCUGUAUGAUCCCCGGGAUGCCUCUCUGUUCAAGUUGUCGCGGUUGCGCGUUCCUCGAUACCGCAACAUCUUAUCUACCUUGUCCUUUGCUGUUCUUCUCAGCUUGUUCGUCGCUGUGCUUGUGCAGCGCUCUAUCGAAAUCACCACGCUUGAGGUAAUUUUCUGGUUCUGGGCUGCCGGCUAUAUGCUUGACGAGGUUGUUGGAUUCAAUGAACAAGGCUUCAGUCUCUACAUUGCCAGCUUCUGGAACACUUUCGACUUAGGAAUCCUCCUCAUCUUGGUCAUUCAUUUGGCACUGCGUCUCUAUGGGAUUCUCAUGCCAGAUGUCCGGAAGCACACGGUAGCCCACAUGGCCUACGACGUCCUUGCAGCCGACGCCAUUCUGCUCUUCCCGCGAUUGUUCUCUGUGCUGGAUCAUUACCGCUACUUCUCACCUUUACUGAUCGCUUUCCGGUACAUGGCGGCGGAUCUUAUCGCAGUCUCACUGUUGAUCCUGAUCAGCUGCAGUGGGUUCUUCGUUGCUCUCACCUUGUCGUUUGGGAAUGAUGGUAUUGAUACCCCCAGUUCCGUGGCUUAUGCUCUGCUCCAAAUGCUCAUGGGUUUCACGCCAGCCGCUUGGGAUCGAUGGGAAGGCUAUAACGUUCUGGGGAAGACGAUUCUAACUUUGUUCCUAUUCAUUUGUCAUUUCCUCAUAGUCACCAUCCUGAUCACUGUGUUAACCAAUUCCUUCAUGGCCAUUGUCCGGAACGCGAGUGAAGAGCAUCAAUUUUUGUUCGCGGUCAAUACCAUCUCCCAUGUCAAAUCUGAUGCGCUCUUCUCUUACGUGGCGCCAACAAACAUACUAUCAUGGCUAUUGGUCCCUCUCAGGUACUUCGUCCCUUUCCGUCAAUACGUCAAGAUCAACCGAACCAUUAUCAAAAUCACGCAUCUACCCCUACUGUUUUCGAUCUUAUUGUACGAAAAGACCAUGAUGCAAUCCACCGUCUACGACAGCAUCGAUCUCGUCGAACACCGGGGGCGCGUGAGAAGAACGACAAAGUUUACCCGAUUCAAUCGAGCGCCCUCCAUUGCCACGUUCCGACAGGACAGGGCUCUAGAAGAAGUGUUCAGACACCCAUUUGACAGCACCAUUAGAAAGGCUGACCAGAGCCGGGACAGGCGCAAGGCGAGUAAUGUGGUGAGCACGUGGAUGAAUAAAAUGGGCGACGAUGUAGCAGAACCGCCGCAGGAGCAAGAUAUACAUCUCGUUGAUAGACUCGAGGCUAAGGAAACGAUACCGCGCCGACCACGCCGGUACAGCCGACUGCGCGACUUUUCUCGCCAAACAAUGUCAGUUGUAUCCGAUCCAGAGGACUUCACAACCAAUGCAGGCUUCUUAUCUCCAGGCGAGACACAUCCCAUCACGACCACACCUUCCCCGUUGGAACAGCCAUCGCACAACACUGAUGCAGAUGGAGAUGAUGAGAUGCGGACAAACGAUGAUGGUGAUGACGAGGAUACAACCACAUUUGAGCACCGGUCGCCAAGUGAUAUAGAGCCGGAGCAACACAAUACGGCCACUGCCGUCCCAGAGCAUCGUGACUACUUCACAACUAAGCAACCUCUCACUCGCUCUACUAUUGAAGUAGGUGAACCUGUGGCGGCCAGUUCCCAGGCGAAGCUCGAAAAGCCCGGCUCAGUGGCUGAUUCGCCAUCACGACGCCCUGUCAAGGACCAUGCCCAUCAUCAUUCCCGCAACGUCUCUGCUGCGACCAUGAUAUUCAAGCCCAUGACGGAUUCCAGCACGGACCAGACCUCAUCAACUGAAGGGAGCAAACCUCCACCAUUCAAGACACAUAUUUCAGCGCCUGGCUCCGGGGCUCGCACGCCCGUCUCAAAGCGCGGUUCGAGCGGCGCGGGCCAUCGAACGCCAAAGCGCGCAGCAGGCCCGACUCGAAUGCGACCGAUUCUUCCCACCAAAGACGAGCAAGGUUUCCGGUCGACGCCCAAUUUAGCAGGUCUGGUGUCGCUCAAGAAUCAGCCAACUCAAGUGCGGCGCAAACCGUCACUCGAAAUGGAUCUAGUGUCGGAUAUUGGCGACAACAGAGCAAUCGGCGGAGGCUACGUUGGAGCUCUUCCCAGCUCAUUUGCGGUACACAUGGUGAAAGGCAAAAUCGAGUCACGUCAUGAAAAAGAGCAGAAAGAACAGCAGGAGAUGUUCACGAAGAUUUUGAUGGCUCGCAUGAAUGCCCUCGAAGAGAGCUUCAGAGAGGUAAUUCAUGAGAUGAGAGACCAUAUGAGACGCGAUGAUGUCGCCAGCGGGAACCGUGGAGAGGGAGCAAUUACGAGUGGCCUCAAGGGAAGGAUCAGAGAGAAAGAGGUUGGUCGGCCCCUGACGGCAAAUACUGAUGCAGAGGCUGCAACGCCCCGGGCGCGCUCGGUCACCAGAUCGGGAGAGCCGGGCCGAACAAGACAGACGACAACAGAGGCGGAGGACGGGGGGGUGGAAGAACGAGAUGCUAGAGAAUAA